AUGACAGUCCCGCCAUCUUCAGGUUGCAUCAUAAGCUGCACAACUAGCAUAAUCGUCACCGUCACGGGCGACGUCGUCACUGAAACGACGAUUGGUCCGAGUGCGGGUACCACCACUAUCAUGCCUUCGUCAGGUUGCAUCACAGGCUGUACCACAAGCAUCAUCGUUACACAGACUGGCGAAAUCAUCACAGUCACGACGGCAGGUCCAUCUGCCGGCACCACUACGGUACCGCCGUCUUCGGGAUGCAUUACAAGCUGUACGACCAGAGUUGUAGUUACUGUAACAGGCAGACUCAUUACGAGAACGACAAUUGGUCCGUCUGCGGGUACCACUACCAUCACGCCUUCGUCAGGUUGUAUCAUAGGCUGUGCCACGAGCGUUAUUAUUACACAAACUGGCGAAAUCAUCACCGUCAUAACACCAGGUCCCUCUGCCGGUACCUCUACGAUUCCGCCGUCUUCUGGAUGUAUCAUAAGCUGCACUACCAGCAUUGUAAUUACUGUAACUGGUAACAUCGUUACCAGAACGACACUUGGACCAAGUGCCGGUACGAGCACGAUCUUGCCAUCAUCAGGGUGUAUUUCGAACUGCACCACAAGUAUCGUCGUUACACAAACUGGCGAAAUUACUACCGUCACCACGGCAGGUCCAUCUCCCGGAACCUCAACGAUUCCGCCCUCGCCCGGAUGCAUCUCAAACUGCACCACCAGAAUCGUUGUUACCGUAACGGGCGGGCUCGUGACCAGGACAACCCUUGGUCCGAGUCCGGGUACUACCACGAUCAUGCCAUCGGCAGGGUGUGUUUUGAACUGCACUACAAGCGUCGUCGUGACGGAAACUGGCGAUAUUACGACCGUCACCACAGCCGGUCCUUCUCCCGGCACCUCCACCAUUCCACCGUCUGCGGGAUGCAUCACAAACUGCACCACCAGAGUCGUGGUCACUGUCACGGGCGGACUCGUCACCAGAACAACUCUUGGUCCGAGCCCGGGAACGACAACCAUUACACCAUCCGCCAGGUGCGUCACGGGCUGCACCACGAGCGUUGUCGUGACCCUGACGGGUGCGAGGACAACAAUCACCACCCCCGGGCCGAUCGCCGGCACGACAACAAUACCGCCAACGGCAGGAUGCGGUAGCAACUGUACGACCAGCAUCAUCGUGACGGUUCCAGCCGCCGAUACCGUCGUGACAACAACCGUCACCGGCACCAGGGCAGGUACACGAACCGUCACACCGUCAACCGACUGCACGCACCCUUGCACGACGAGCGUCAUCAUUACACUAGCUCCCAAUGUUGUUGUGACGACGACCGUAUCCGGUACGGCGGCCGGAACGGAGACCAUCACUCCGCCGGCGAGCUGCACUCGACCUUGCACAACGAGCGUGAUCAUUACAGCGACUGCCGUACCACCAGGCACCCUGAACUGCACCAUAUCGGGAUUUCUCAUACAAAACGUCACUCCCCAAUCGCCUACUCAACUCUUUGGUGUUGAUUUAGCCACUGGCCAGCAGAAUCUCAUCAAUGGAAACGUGACUCCUGAGGCGCUGGGUGUAAACGCCAUCGGGUUCAACGUGAUUGACAACUAUAUUUAUGGAAGCUCCGGUCUUGGAAAACUUGUCAGGAUCGGAGCUGGAGGUGUUGGUGAGAUCCUAUCCAUCGAUCAGGCCUGGGAAGGCAGCAGAGUGGGAGAUAUCACUCCACAAGGACAUUACUGGUCCUUGGGGGGGGCAGUAGGCAAUGAUACAAACGCGCAGGAGGGAACCUUUAACUGGGCCCAGAUGGAUUUGUCCGACUCCAGCUCUCCAAAUUUUGGCACCAUUCUGAACUCGGGAAUGUCUCGUCACCAAGGAUAUUAUGUGAGCGACUGGGGUUACGUUCCUGGAGGCGGAAACUUCUUGUGGACAUUCGGCUUUGGACCCAUUGGAUGCUCAACAGGAGUUAACCCUACCUGCACCUUCACAUACCUGGCAAAGUUCAACAUGCAAUCCCGCGUCUGGACGAUAGAAAAGAUGCUGGGAAGUGUUGGACACAACGUAUUCGGCGCAGUCUACGGAACAUCGGAUGGAUCUCUUUACGGUUCGGACAAUGCUUCUGGAGGAAUCUACAGGAUCAAGGUGGUGAACCCGGGGAACGCUGUGCUUGUCUCGACAACCGGCCAAGUGACGGUUGGCAAUGACGGUGCCAUCUGCGCCGGAGCUCUCAACCCGGAUUAA